AAGUAAAAAAAGGAGUGGAGAGUGCCGGAUACGGAUCGAAAGUUGAAAUUUACCAAGUUCCCGAAACCUUUCAAGAGAAAGACCCCGAACAAAUGCCUGAACACCAAAAGCCAAAUAUUCCAUUUAUUGUUACAGAAAAAUUAGCGGAAGCCGAUGGAUUUCUUUUUGGAAUUCCCGCUAGAUUUGGGCAAUUCCCAACUCAAUUUAAAAAGUUUCUUGAUUCAUCAAGUCAACUUUUAGGCAAAAAGUCGUUAAACAAUAAAUUUGGAGGAAUUUUUUUCUCAAUGGAUACUCAACCGAGUGGUCAAGCUAGUACAAUUACCAACAAUGGAGCAAUAUCCAAGAAGGAGAAAGAAGUAGCACAAUUUCAAGGAAAGAAAUUUGCAGAACUUGUCACAGCUUAUGUUAAAGGAAGGCAAGAAUAA